AUGCAAAUCUUCGUAAAGACCCUAACUGGAAAGACCAUCACUCUUGAGGUUGAACCAAGCGACAGUAUUGAAAAUGUGAAGACGAAGAUUCAAGACAAAGAAGGCAUCCCGCCCGAUCAACAGCGACUCAUCUUCGCCGGCAAACAGCUUGAAGAUGGCCGUACUUUGAGCGACUACAACAUCCAGAAAGAGUCGACACUUCACCUUGUCCUUCGCCUGAGAGGUGGAAUGCAGAUUUUUGUCAAAACCCUGACGGGAAAGACCAUCACUCUCGAGGUCGAACCAAGCGACUCAAUUGAAAAUGUGAAGACGAAGAUCCAAGACAAAGAAGGCAUCCCUCCUGACCAACAGCGUCUUAUCUUCGCCGGAAAGCAGUUGGAAGAUGGCCGUACCCUGAGCGACUACAACAUCCAAAAAGAGUCGACUCUUCAUCUUGUGUUGCGUUUGAGAGGUGGAAUGCAGAUUUUCGUGAAAACACUAACCGGAAAGACCAUCACACUAGAGGUAGAGCCGAGUGACUCUAUUGAAAAUGUCAAGACAAAGAUCCAAGACAAAGAAGGCAUUCCCCCCGAUCAGCAGCGUCUCAUUUUCGCCGGCAAACAGCUUGAAGACGGCCGUACCCUCAGCGACUACAAUAUCCAAAAAGAAUCCACCCUUCACUUGGUGUUGCGUUUGCGUGGCGGAAUGCAGAUCUUCGUCAAGACUCUGACAGGAAAAACCAUCACCCUAGAAGUUGAACCGAGCGACUCCAUCGAGAAUGUAAAGACCAAGAUCCAAGAUAAGGAAGGAAUCCCUCCCGAUCAGCAGAGGUUGAUCUUUGCAGGCAAGCAGCUGGAAGAUGGCCGUACCUUGAGCGACUACAACAUCCAGAAAGAGUCCACACUUCACUUAGUGUUGCGACUCAGAGGUGGCAUGCAGAUUUUUGUAAAGACCCUGACAGGCAAGACCAUCACCCUUGAAGUUGAACCUAGUGACUCCAUCGAGAACGUCAAGACCAAGAUCCAAGACAAGGAAGGCAUCCCUCCUGACCAACAGAGGUUGAUCUUCGCAGGCAAGCAGCUGGAAGAUGGCCGUACCCUCAGUGACUAUAAUAUCCAGAAAGAGUCAACCCUUCAUCUGGUGUUGCGUCUACGUGGUGGUAUGCAGAUCUUUGUGAAGACCCUAACUGGCAAGACCAUUACCCUUGAAGUCGAACCCAGUGACUCCAUUGAGAAUGUAAAAACCAAGAUCCAAGACAAAGAAGGCAUCCCUCCUGACCAACAGAGAUUGAUCUUCGCUGGAAAGCAACUUGAAGAUGGUCGCACACUGAGUGACUACAACAUCCAGAAGGAGUCCACCCUUCAUCUUGUUCUGCGUCUGCGUGGUGGUAUGCAGAUUUUUGUCAAGACCCUGACUGGAAAGACCAUCACCCUCGAGGUAGAGCCCAGUGACUCCAUCGAAAAUGUCAAGACCAAAAUCCAGGAUAAGGAGGGAAUCCCACCUGAUCAGCAGCGUCUUAUCUUUGCUGGCAAGCAGCUGGAAGACGGCCGUACCCUGAGCGACUACAACAUUCAGAAAGAGUCCACACUUCACCUGGUGCUGCGUCUGCGAGGUGGACAGUAA